AUGACGCCGUCAUGGUAUAAAGUUGCCGCACUUGCGCUGUCCGUACGAUUCAGCUCAGCAGUCAAUAAUGGUCUUGCUAGGACUCCUCAAAUGGGUUGGGACAACUGGAACUCGUUCGGAUGCGCUGUUUCAGAGGACUUGUUACAAUCAUCAGCGCGACUCAUUGUGGACUACGGUCUCAAGGACCUCGGGUACCAGUAUGUGAUCCUUGAUGACUGCUGGUCGAAUGGAAGAGAUGAUAAUGGUACACUUGUCCCUGAUUACACCAAGUUCCCGAACGGAAUGGCUGCUGUCGCCGAUGAUAUCCACGAGUUAGGCUUGAAAUUUGGCAUGUACUCAAGCGCUGGUGUAUACACUUGUGGACAGUAUGCCGGAAGUCUAGGAUACGAGGAGAUUGACGCUCAAACUUGGGCUAGUUGGGGUAUCGACUACCUGAAAUAUGACAACUGCUACAACUCGGGUCAAGCUGGUACCCAGCAAAUUUCUCACGACCGAUACAACGUGAUGGCCAAGGCCCUGAACGCUACCGGCAGGCCUAUUCUCUACUCCCUCUGUAACUGGGGAGAGGAUUAUCCUUGGAAUUGGGGUUCCACGAUUGCCAAUUCUUGGAGAAUCUCUGGCGAUGUGACUGACCACUACGACGCUCCUGACGACCGAUGCCCAUGCGACGGGCCAGAUGCUUGGAAUUGUGGCCUUCCUGGCUGGCACUGCUCUUUAUUGAACAUAAUCAACAAGGCGUCGUUCAUUACCUCAAAAAGCAUUCCUGGCGCAUGGAACGAUCUCGACAUGCUGGAAGUCGGUAAUGGAGGCAUGACCGACGCAGAGUAUCUGACACAGUUCUCAUUAUGGGCCGCAGUUAAGAGUCCUUUGAUUCUCGGUAAUGACCUGCGAAUCGUCAAGCCUCGAGAUUUGGCAAUUGUUUCCAACGCAGCUGUAAUUGCUGUCAAUCAAGAUCCGUUAGGUAGCUCCGCCUCUCGGAGAUGGGUAUAUGAGAGCGACGAUAUCGAUGAGUAUGGCAAGGCCAGCUACCAGCUAUGGUCCGGUUCUCUUUAUUCAACAACAGGGGGCGAUUACAACGAUAUAAUCGUUGUUUUGCUCAAUGGCAAUAACUCGCCCCUCGAGAUGAACGCGACACUAUGGGACAUCUUCACGGACCUGGGCAGCUCUGGCCAAAAGACAUAUUCUGCUAUUUCUUGGGAAGUGAGAGAUCUGUGGGCGGAUAGAAUGUCUAACGAAGAAGCGCAGGCUAUUAUCGACGCAUCGUCGGCUGCCGGCAACUAUACUAACGGGUGGAAUGAGACCAGCGUCGGCGCAGACAGAUAUAAUGCGACCGCCAAGUCGUAUGCUCAGGGCCUGACAGAGGCUGAUCCGCGUCUAUUGGGGAACGCGACAACGACUGUACAGCCGUCCGGGACUGUCACUGCCACUGUUGAUCGCCAUGGUGUCGCUAUGUUUAGGCUUCGGGCCGUCCCAACUGACGCUGCCAGAAAGCGGGAGUUGUAA